UUUUGUGUGUGAACAUUGGCAAAGCGCUCGCUUCUCUCCAUAGAGCAGUUACUCUGAGCCACAGCUGCACCAAGAAGAUACACAUCUCUACUCACAGCAGUCAACAUAUACUCACCAGAUGCCCUUGUUCUUUUCAAACCUGAGCACUUUUUCCCCGCGGUAUCUCUCUAUUGUAAGACGACUGAGGUAAAGGUUCAUAUAAAAGUUUUUACGAAAAACCGCGGAACGGAUGUGAGGCGCAAUAGACAGCCUCUUUCAGUCUUCAGUUGGUACCUUCUUCUCUUGCGUUGCGAUUUCUGAGUAAGCGAGGAACACAUUUUCUAGUGGAAAGGCAAUAGGGGCCGGUUGAUGUUUUUACUGAAAUGGACGUGAGAUUUUAUCCUCAACCUCCACCACCAUCAGCAACAGAUCCUUCCCGUCUGGGACAGUCUCACUAUUCGGACUCUCCGUACUGCAAUAAGUACGACAGUGAAAACAUGUUCAUGAGUAUGCCAGAGCCCAGCCAGGACUUUGUGCCAGGGAACCAGUUCCGCGUACCUGCCAGUCCCAGCCAGACGCAGCACAGCAACAAACAGGCCGGCGGCCACUGGAAAAGAGAGACCCCUACACACACGGACGGCCACCGUCUGACAUGGCAGUCCUACCCAGUGCCCAGUCUUGGGGACGAAGACUUCAACAUCCCGCCUAUCACUCCCCCCACCCUCCCCGAACACAUGCUGGCACACUUGCCUGAGUCUGAGUCCGGAACGUACCAUCACCUUUGCCCCCCUGUCUCCCAGAACGGACUGCACCCCUUUCACCUGCAAGGAAUGGACCUGUCCGGGAUGUCGGUCCCCAACAUGUUGGGUCAAGAUGGCAGUCUGCUCACCAACUCCCUCUCAGUGAUGCAGCAGAUGGUCAACUCUGACUCGCGUUACGGUGGCCACCCUCAGGUGGAUACGCAUAGACCCAGGAUCCAACCUGGCAUGGUUCCUCAAGGUCAGCUGACCACAAUCAACCAGUCACAACUCAAUGCUCAGUUGGGUCUGAACAGCAACAAUGGCACCCAUGGAUCCCCAUCUCCACCAGAGAGCAAGUCCGCCACACCUUCCCCCUCCAGCUCUGUGCAUGAGGACGAUGCAGAUGAUGCUGCCAAGAUGAAUGGGGCAGAGAAGAGAGCAGCCACAGACAUGGCCAAGAAGCCUAAAACCCCCAAGAAGAAGAAGAAGAAAGACCCCAACGAGCCUCAGAAGCCAGUGUCAGCCUAUGCCCUGUUCUUCAGAGACACACAGGCAGCUAUCAAAGGCCAAAAUCCUAAUGCCACAUUUGGAGAGGUCUCCAAAAUUGUGGCCUCCAUGUGGGACGGUCUCGGCGAGGAACAAAAACAGGUGUACAAGAAAAAAACAGAAACCGCAAAGAAGGAGUACCUCAAACAGCUGGCUGCGUACAGAGCGAGCCUCGUGUCUCAGAACUACAAUGACCCAGGCGAUGUGAAGGUAUCACAGGCCUCUCAGAUGCUCGGGCCCAAGCCAUCAGUUUUCUCCGGGGCAGGUCAGUCUCACCCAGGUCUCUACAUGGCUUCUCCGUACCACCAGCAGCCAGGACUCAGUCCCCAUCUGCCCCCGAUGCAGCCAGGCCUAGCCCGAGGUGGCACAUCCCGGCCCAGCGCGCCCAUGAGCAUGGGCAGCAUGACGGGCUCGUCCCCCCCUCCGCUGCAGAUCAGCCCCCCCUUACACCAGCACCUCAGUCUCCACCAGCACCAGCACCAGCAUCAGCACCAGCACCAGCAGCAGCUCAGCAGCCACUCGCUGCCUCUGCACUCCCCAUCCAUGGCCCAGGGUUUCCCCCUUCAGGCAGACUAUCAGAACAUGGUAAAUGUCACAUCCUCCGCCGGACCUGGCCUGUCCCCUUCAAUGGACUACCGCACCGGAUGCAGGAACGGACCGACCCAGGGCCUGGACUGGACCCCUGACUACUGCGGCAACGGGGCUCUGCAGAGGGACAAAGCCCUGUACCUGACCUGAUCGACAUGUCCAGCCGCACGCUCCUUCACGCUCACAGGACCAAGGCAGUUCCUCAUCCCAGUACAGCUAUUCAGGGCCUGAAUAAUUAUUCAGGCCUUAUUUUAGACUAGACACAAUCCACGCAUCAGCAAAACAACGUUUGAAUGUUUUCUUUCUCAUGGCUCACACUUUAGUGCACCCUACCGUGGUGGCUUUGCAAUUUCCUUCUAGCUUCUGACAUUCAGACCUUUUGGAUCUUUAAAAUAGAGUUUAAAUCAUCGAAAGCAUGAACAUGUAAAUUGAAUGCUAAAAUUUGUUUAAAUGCAAUCACUUCUCUAAUGAUAUUGACUUACCUCCUACUGUUCCGCGUCCUCAUUGCGUACCUAAUAAGAGACCAUGUAUGGAAACCCCCCGUAGACGUGUGUUUUAUUGGAGAUUGUUUAUGGUUUUUAAGACGUUGCGUAGGUCAAUUUGCCUCGCAGGAAGGUUGUCAAUCCAUCAGUUCCUAAGCACUUACCGCUGCGUGUCGGAGACUCCAAGCUCUCGCUGACAAACGGCGGAACGAGAACCAAAACAGAACUUCUUUUUUGUACAAAGAGGAAAA